ACGUUCUAUCCGUUUUGGGCACGCGUAAUACCAAAUUCUCAACUCCGCUCCACAAAAUCAAAAAGUCACGCCAGGUUGAUAUCCCUCCCUUCGACCCACCAACACGAAACGCACCCACCCGCUCCAUUAUGACGCGUAAAAAAGCCGCCACCAUCGAAGCCCUCGUUGGGAAAGUUGAUGGCUCUCCAGAGGGCUGGGUGCGAAUCCUCAGUAUUCUCUGUAGGCACUUUGGUUUGCCAAGUGACCUCUCGACGCGAAGCGCGUUGAAGAGGAUACACGGGAAGCUGGACGAGAUCUACCCCCGCAUGGCGCAAGAGUUUGAGCGGACCCCUGACGUGCGAAUCAAGGGCGGAAUCGUCGACAUUUAUGCCAAGAUGUGUAUGGAUGUGAUUUUGCGCAACAGACUUUUUGGAUUCGGCUUUCUUGGACAACUACUCUCCCUCUCCGCUAUCCCUUCCUGCCGCAAUCUGGCGCUGGAUUCCCUGGUCACUAUAACGCAUCAUGGAGGGCCCGAAGUCCGGACGGAGAUUGCGAGGGCAACUUGUGUCCCACUCCUAACGCUGAUGAAAGAUUUUCCGGAAGACCGCGAUACCACGGACCUUGCCUUACGAGCCUUGAGCCAUUCGAUCAUCGGGGUCGUUUCCAAUGACGCCAAACAAACAGAGCCGGCUUUAGCACGCUCCCUCCCCUUACAAGAUGUUGCACAGGCCUUCAUCGAUGCCCUCCAUCAGCCCAACCCCACACCAACGCUGAUAACACACGCUACAACCUGUCUCGUCGAGAUGAGCCAAGAUGUCAAGGUUUCUCCGUCCAUGAGCAACCUUUUCUUAGCCGGGUUGCGCUACAAUGACUGGUAUCAUCGCUCGCGAUGUCUUUCUGGCUUGCUCAUAACGAGUAUCCCUCAAGCUGAACACGACAAGCGGUUAAUGGAUCCUACCAGUGCCGUGAAAUGUCUCAUGAAUAUAGCAGAGGCCCCAACACACGUCCGGGAGACAAUGCAAACGUGGGGCAUGAACCGCAGCUUCAUGUACAAAAUGGCCUUUUCCAAUCGAGAAUUCGCUGCCACCAUGGUCGCAGCAUAUGCUUCUGGCGGAAGCAUGUAUGUUGCUGGAAAGAAAAUCGCCAAACUCAUUCUCGGAGUAGAAAUGCCAUUUUUUGACGGAUUUUUCCCGAUUAAGGAUCCCGCCAGCGAGAAGGUGUAUUUUCCUGGUGGUGGAACCUCGGCGUCCGGAUUCCAGAUGUGGUCGGACACCCUCCCGCUCUGCUCUAAAGCGAUCCGAGAAAACGGUGUCGCUAACGAGUAUUCCCUUGCAGACAUUCUCGAUCUCAAGUUCCUUCUCCUGCGCAAACGAUUCCCUGAGGCCAUCGCGCUUGCCACUCAGACCACCGAACGUAAUCCCGACUUUGCGUAUGGCCAUUAUGUUCUCGCCGUCAGCCAGCAUGACCAGCAUGGCUUACGGGCUGCUAAGAAGGGCCUCAAGUGCACAAAAGGCUCGAUGAACUUGACGCGCUUCAUGCGGUUGCAAAUGCUCCAACAUAGCGGGCAAUUAGCUUGCGAUAUCGGCUUACGGGCGUUGGAGAAUCCUGGGCGAGAUGGGAACCCGUCGUCUCGCGUUGGCGGCGCCUUCUUGACUACGGCGAAGAAGGAGCUGCAAACUUUCUUUGCAGAGGCGUCGCCCGACCACCGCGAUUUUCGCAGUGUGUGUUCUUGGCUGAUCGUCCUCCAUGUCAUGUCAGGCGAGGAAAUCAGCGACGAUCUGCACGAAAUAAAGCCAUAUGUGGACCGCCUCAACUUUGCCCUCGACUUCAACAAAUGGCUCGGCAUCUACUCGCCGCGGACUCAAAUCCGCCUCGUCGCCGAAAGUAUUUUACAGCAUUUUCCCGCCGCGCGCAAGCAGUGGGGCGAGGUUGUCAGCUCAUACGACGAGAAGGAGCCACCCGUGACGGAUGAGUCUAUGGAGCGUGAUAUCGCUGCGUGGAUGGAAGGGCUUGACGGUGAAGACGAAGCGGAUUGUUGUGGGCACGGACAUGGACAUCUCCACGACCAUGAUGGCCAUGCUCAUGCUCAUUCUCACUCACACACGGAAGAAGUCGCGCUUCCGGAACCGAAGAAGGACCUGUAUCGGUGCUCCUUCUGUCACAACCCCUCCGCAGUCCUCCGGAAAUGCGCUGGUUGUUCUGAAGCACGAUAUUGUGACGCUUCAUGUCAGAAACAACACUGGAGCAUUCACAAGAGGAAGUGCAAGUCGAGCAAGAAGUAA